AUGGGGAAACACAGAUCAAAGAGAAAGAAGAACAGUGAGUUGAAGAGGAAAAUGUAAGUUAUUUGCUACAUUGUCAUCGUUUUUAAGCCUACAUACUACGUGGCAAGCUCAUUUUGACUUAAAAAACCCUUUUUCAUUAUAUAAAACAUUUUUCUAAUGAAAAUUUAUUGUCAAAGCAGCUAAAAACCUUAUAGUUUAAGUUUAAAGUCUUCAACACACCCAUAUUUUUGGUUUUGAAUGGCCGAAAAAUAGGUUUUCUACAAACUUUUUGACCAAAAAACAUAAUUUUCACAAAUUUGUAGGAAGAUCACAGAUAGACAAGAUGAUAUUCCUGAUUGUCCGUCCAUUACUUCAUUGGAAAUCAUCGAUUCUGACAUGUAAGUAUAAAAAAAAUGAAACUUGCUUUUAAAACUUUUUUAAAACUUUUUUGAAAUUUAAAAAAAAAAAACUGAAAAGUAAGUUUUUUAAAGCAUGAAAAGUGGUAUAUAAUGACAAAGUUCGGUUUAGAUAUAUUAAGUCAUUUCAAAGUUAUAGGUAUUUGAAAAUGACAGGGCCAAAAAAAGUUUGAUUAUUUUUGGAAAACGGUAGUUUUUAUGAUAUUUACAAUACUUUUUGACUGGUUAAAGUACAUACAUCUUGUAGAGCAUAAAACAUAACAUAAGUGCCUCAAGAUUUAUUUAAGUAUGUUGGGUUGUAACAUAGUUACAGCUUGACAUAAAGAUAAAAAGUCCUAAUGUUUCAUCAGGAUUCGAACUUUUUUUGAUUUUUGACAUUUUCAAAUGAUUGUAACUUUGUCAUAACUGAUAGCAUUAUUAUCAAAACUAAGUUACCUACUCAGCUUUUGACGCUUAACAAUAUCUAUGUACUAGAAUUCUUCAAAUCAAAAAAAAAUUUUUUUGAAUUUUUUGGGACAAUAGGGUAGUGUAGGGAGUAUAAUUUAUUUGUUAGGUUAGGGUAGUUGUUAGAACUACUGUGAAAAAAAAAAUUUAAAAAACAUAAACUUUUAAAAAUAAAUACGUAAAGUCAUGCCAUUUCCAAUACAAGUCUUAAAACAAAUUCAUGUUUGGUAUCAAGCACAACAUGCCAAUAGAUGUUGACAUAAGAUUGUCAUGUUGGAUUUGGCAAAGAAAGAUAUAAAUUUGUCAUGCAAAGAUGACAUUUGUUUUUAAAUUUAAAAUCCCGCAGGAAAUGGGUUUGGAUUUGAUGACAAAUGACAUUAAAAAUUUAGGAGAUAGUAUUUUAGGCAUGGAAGAUAUUGUUUUAGGCUUAUAACUUAUGAUGAAUAACAUUUUUAGGCCUAUUACUGAUAACAAGCUGUUGGAAGAGCCGUCCACAGCCAAGGAGACCAAAAAGAAUGAAGAACAGGUCAAAAAGUCAAGUCCAGAAUAUAAAAGUUGGUUCUUGCCGCCAGAUAAUGUUAGAUCGAACAUCUUUAAUUGGUAAGGGUAGGGUAGGGUAAGGUAGGGUAGGGUAAGGUAGGGUAGGGUAGGGUAGGGUAGGGUAGGGUAGGGUAGGGUAGGGUAGGGUAGGGUAGGGUAGGGUAGGGUAGGGUAGGGUAGGGUAGGGUAGGGUAGGAUAGGAUAGGGUACGGUAGGGUAGAUAGGGUAUUAUUAUGUUCUAUUUUCAGUCAAAGUGAUCCAAAAAGUUCGUUAGAGUUUCAAAGCGAAGAAGCAGCUAGUGAGUAUCUGCAGUCACAGUAUUCGUAUGACAGUUACAGUAAUCAGUGAGUUUGUAAUUUUUUUCGAAAAAAAGCUGGGAAAUUUUUAAAGCUUGUCAUUUUUGUGGUAACCCGCUUAACUUUAGACCUCUGUUUAACGCUAAUAAGAUCACGCCAGUCGUUGAAGCGGUUGGCCACACGUUGCUCGAAGCUGUAGUUCAAGGCAUCCAACUGGUCAAAAUUGGAGUCAAAUACCCGGUAAGUGGUGUGGAAUGAAGUUUUUUAUUAAAAUAUUGUUAAAAUGUAAAAUACGCUUCCAAACGUUGUUUUGUUUUACAAUUAGGCUUAAGUUUAGGUUUGAGUUUGGGCUAGGACUUUGACUUAAGCUUAUGUUUAGGCUUGGGCUGGGCCGUGGGCUUGAUCUUCGGCGAAUGUUUAGGCUGGGCUUUUUAUAUUCAUCUUUUUUCAGACCCCCUUUCGCCAUCUGCCUUGUCAUCACAAGUCUCUACUUUUUCAAUCCUCUACCUCGAGAUCUCGGUAGCAGCGACUGUGGACUUUGUAGUUGGUGUAACUUGGCCACCACUUCACAUUGGACUAAGAAACAUGGAGAGAAUGUUGUUAUCAUCGGCCAAAUGGUUCAGGGAAAUGGAUGAAAUGGGUCAGGCAAUUCACUGCGACAUGGCCACCUCAUGGUGCCAACGGUUCGGCUUGAUGUGCGAUGUUCAAUGCUCUUUUACGGAGUUUACGCUGAACAGAAAUCGAUAG